AUGGAUGCCCCUUUAAGAGAACAAGUAAUGAUAAAUCAAUUUGUUGUAGCAGCAGGUUGUGCACACGAUCAAGCUAAACAGAUAUUACAAUCAGCGCAUUGGCAAUUUGAGACGGCAUUAAGUAUAUUUUUUCAAGAUGCUGCUCUACCUACCUGCCCUCCAGGAGCUUCAACACAUUUUGGACAAGUGAUAACUCCAUGUAAUACUCCAGCUACUCCGCCAAAUUUCCCUGACACAUUACUGGCGUUUUCCAAACUGUCGGCAGGCAACGGCAACAGUCCGUCCACGAAUUCGGCAGGAGCCGCUCCUCUUCCACCACAGUCUCGCCGUUCCCCGCAGCCCAUUUUUCACCAGCAGCGAUAA